UGCCCGUUCCAACAAUGAGUCGAUAUUUGUAUUUUUAUUGUGAGAAACAUUACUGCCAAUAUCACGUGACAUGGGACGACAAGCUAAUCACUGUUAACGCGAGAUUUUUCUCCCAGCUCGCUUGACAUCCAUUCAGGAAGCAGGGUCUCAUUAGCUUAGCUUAGUUUAGCUCGCUAACAGCCUCCGUAGUGCAAACAUGGCGUCGAUAAACCCAUUUAAUCUUAGUGAUUCGGAGGAGGAGAGCGAAAGGCGACCUAAUGAGACCGUUGACACGGAGCGUAGCCCGAGUGACGGGGCGCCGGGACCACCGCCGGGCAACUCCUUCUCUCGGUCCGCGAACGCCGAGCCUCCGACGCUGCUGCUGUCCAGCGGCCAACGAACGAGUCCAAACGGGGAGGGCAUUAUUAUUUCCUCCGUGGCCACCUCAGCGAUGGCAGGCGGUGCGGAGCCGCGGCUGUCGGUGGAUGUCAUAGCCGCUCACCUGCUGCGUGAUCAGUACAUCCUCACGGCCUUGGAGUUCCACACAGAACUGUUGGAGGCGGGUCGGGAGCUCCCGCGGCUGAGGGAUUAUUUCUCCAACCCGGGGAACUUCGAGAGGCAGAGCGGCACGCCACCUGCCAAAGAUCAGGGAGUCGGAGCGGGUGGAGCCUUGAAUCGAACAGGCAGCAUCAGCACCUUGGACUCUCUGGACUUUGCUCGUUACUCAGAUGACGGCAAUCGAGAAUCAGACGAGCGGGUGGCCGUGCUGGAGUUUGAGCUACGGAAAGCAAAGGAGACCAUUCAGGCUCUGCGCGCCAACUUGACUCAGGCAGCAGAGAAUGAAGUGCCCUCUCAGGAGAGAAAGAACAAGUCAAGCCCUGAAAUUCAGGAGCCGAUACGCCCACUGGAGAAAAGAGCCUUAAACUUCCUUGUUAAUGAAUAUUUGUUAAAAAAUGAAUAUAAGCUCUCAUCCAUAACCUUUUCAGACGAGAAUGACGAUCAGGAUUUUGAACUGUGGGAUGACGUCGGCCUCAACAUUCCAAAACCCCCUGACCUUCUGCAGCUAUACAGAAAUUGUGGUACACCAUUUCCUCCAGUGAGUGACAUGGUUGACGUCGCAGUUGAAGCUGAUUUUGGCAAUAUCCCUGGGCACUGUGCCGCAACAGAUCACCCGAAGAAGCCUGACCUCUCCCAACAGCAGCAAGCAGAGGUCGUCCAAGAGAUGGAGUACCAAAUCAGUCUACUUAACAAUGAGAAGCAGAGUCUAGCUGAGCAGAUGAAGAAACUUCAGAGUGAGAUUCAAACCUUAAAGCAGACAGUCUCUUCCACUGCUACAGCCCCUCUGGAGUGGAACUCCCAGAAUAUAUCUAAUCCCGCAUCCUCUUCCACCACCAUCACUUCCUCCGCUGAACCGCCUUCUGCGCCCCCUACAGAUAAUGGACAGUACCUGGACAUACGACGGGUUUCAGGAACUCAGAGUGACCCUCCCUCUACGCAAAACACACCACAAUCCCACAAUAAGCUUACAAGUCGACCUCCUGUACAGUUUGAUCAGCCAAACAGAAAGUUAUCCCCGGCCUUCCAGCAAGCUCUCCUGUCCUUUUGCAGAAUGUGCUCAGACAGCCGCCUAGGAGCAGAGGUGUCUCGUAUAGCAGACAGCGAGGAGAGUGUGAUGUUGAUGCUGGGCCGCUGCCUUCCUCACAUCGUCCCGAAUGUCCUCCUUGCAAAACGAGAGGAGCUGAUUCCUCUCAUCCUGUGUACCGCCUGCCUUCACCCUGAGUCCAAAGAGAGAGACCAGCUUCUUCACAUUCUUUUUAACCUAAUCAAGAGACCGGAUGACGAGCAGAGACAAAUGAUCCUGACAGGAUGUGUUGCAUUUGCGAGGCACGUUGGUCCCACGCGUGUUGAGGCAGAGAUGCUUCCUCAGUGCUGGGAACAGAUUACCCACAAAUAUCCAGAGAGGAGACUCCUUGUGGCCGAGGCCUGUGGCGCUUUAGCACCAUAUCUGCCUAAGGAAAUUCGCAGUUCGCUUGUGUUGUCCAUGCUGCAGCAGAUGCUCGCUGAUGACAAGGCUGACAUGGUCCGAGAAGCUGUGGUCAAGAGUCUUGGGAUUAUCAUGGGUUACAUAGAUGAUGCUGACAAGUACCCCCAGGGUUUUGAGCUGAUGCUGCUCUCACUCAGCGACCCCUCAGAGCGGGUGGUCAGUGCCGUCCAUCAGGUCUUCAUCCCUGCAUUCGCCGCCUGGACAACAGAAUUGGGAUCCCUGCAGACUUUGCUCAUCCCUUCUCUCUUGGCACGUAUAGAGACACUCCUCAAGCAGGGGGAACAUGGCCUGGAUGAACACAAGUUGCACGUGUUCCUGUCUGCCCUGCAGAGUCUCAUCCCUCCUCUGUUUGCUGUGGUGCUGCAGAAUGCACCCUUCAUCAGCCGAGCCAAACUCUCCGGGGACAUACCUGCAAUAGAAGUAACCCGAUUCCCAAGACCAGCCUCCUCCCUCCAGGAUGUGGCAACCAUCAUUGGCAGCAGAGAAAUGCUCAGUGCCCUGCUUCUUCUCUAUGACCACCAGCUAGAGCAUGAAGGGACCACCGGUUGGGAAAGCCUGCUUUGGGUGGUCAAUCAACUGCUUCCUCAACUUAUAGAGAUUGUGGGUUGCAUCAACGUAACCUCGACAACCUGCGUCCACGAGUUCUCCCGCUUCUUUUGGAGGUUCUGUCGGACGUUUGGAAAGAUUUUCACCAACACUAAGGUUAAACCACAAUUCCAAGAGAUUCUUCGUCUGUCUGAAGAGAAUGUUGAUGCUUCAGAAGAGAAUGGUAUUCUUACCAAAGCCACUGUUCCCAUAUAUGCCACAGGAGUACUGACUUGUUACAACCAGGAGGAGGAUCGAAAGUUGUUGGUGGGUUUCUUAGAAGACGUUAUGACAACCCUGUCUUUGUCCCAUGCACCUCUCGGCAGCCUGAAAGCUUCUUUUGUAGAGCUUGGUGCCAAUCCGGUGUACCAUGAGUUACUGCUGACUGUCCUGUGGUACGGCGUGGUACACACUUCUGCUUUGGUCCGAUGUACUUCAGCACGGAUGUUUGAGUCGGUUCUCCGAGGCAUGAGUGAAGCAUUAGUAGAUCGACGGGCGGCCCCGGCCCUUAUAACACUGUGCAAUGGGCCUGAAUUCUCUGUGAGGAUAUCCACCAUCCCUGCCUUUGGUACCAUUAUGGAAACUGUCACACAGAAAGAACUGCUUGAGCGUGUCAAGAUGCAGCUGGCGUCCUUCCUGGAGGACCCUCAGUAUCAAGACCAGCAUUCGUUGCACGUGGAGAUCAUCAGGACGUUUGGACGGGUCGGACCCAACGCAGAGCCUCGAUUUAGAGACGACUUCGUACUGCCAAACCUGCACAAGCUGGCGCUGGCCAACAACAGCCAGGUGGUGGAGAACAAGAGGAUUGACAUCGCCACCCAGCUGUUUGAGGCCUACAGCGCCCUCUCAUGCUGCUUCAUUUCUGAGGAAGUGAUGAUCAACCACUUCCUGCCGGGUCUCAGGUGUCUCCGUGCCGACAUGGAGCAGCUCUCCCCGGAGCACGAGGUGAUUCUCAGCUCCAUGGUCAAAGAGUGUGAGAUCAAGGUGGAGAACAGAGGAAUGGGAGAUGCACAAGGCUCUAUAUCCAUUACAUCCAGUUUGGUGAGCGAGGACGCCAAGACCAAGUUCCUAAGCAAGAUGGGUCAGCUGACCACUUCGAGUGCCAUGUUGGCCACCGUCUUCCAGAGGAAGAAGUGAACGACGAACAGCGCAAACUAGACGACUCGUCAGCCGUGCUCCAAGUAGAUGACAAAUCAAAUGUGACGUGUUUUAAAGGAGAUUUUUUUUUUUUUUACUUUUUUUGCAGCCUCAUCAAGGAUGGUUUACUUUUUUUUUUUUAUCAGUCAGUGUUUGUUUGACUUCUUCAUUUACAAAAGGAGCGCGGCAGAGGAAGAAACUGACCAGUUUUGACAUUCGCCCAGAGUCAUGGCAGGUGGGACAGCUUUUUGGGACAUUUCAGGAUUUGACGAUAUCACUGGAACAAUCUUUCCAUUAGAUAGGAGGCGGAAACACAUGCUCACUUUUUUUUGUUAUUUUGGAGCGAACACUUCACGGACGGCCUGCGAUCUUUAACACUUCUGAGUGAAAAUUACUUAAAGUGGAUCUUAAAACGCGAGUGUACAGUGAGUGAGUGCGCGUGGUACCGAAACAACGCCUACUUGAAGUUCUAAAUUGUCUUGCCUUCGUUUCCUUAAAAAGUCUGUCAGAUUUAAAAGCGUCUAUUUUAUAUCUUAUUUAUGUCUUAAUGAAGGAGAAUUCACUUUAUUUCCAGAUUCCAAAGAAUUUUGCACUUCUUUAUUUUCCUUAAAUCUAAUGCACAUUUAAACUGAUCACUACUGUUGCGUUUUUUCUGUUAGAACAUUUAACAUACUUUGGGUCCAUUAUAGUUUAUCUCUGAGCAUUUUACUUUAUUUCCUAUGUGGACAUUUGGGGGGUGAGUUAUACUGAAAAAAAAUGUUUAUCAUACACUGAAGUGAGUGGAUGGUACUCGUGUAUAUUUGGGAUCUCUGUCAUGGUGUAAUAAAAUAUAAUUUGUGUAUUUAAAAGAGAAAAAGUGCUUUAUGGCUCAAAAGUAACAACAGGUGCUAAAGGCAAUAAAAAAAAAAAGUCAAUUUGACAGACAAAUUCUCAGAGUAGUCCCGCCCCUCAUCGCCAACUCUUUGAUGUGCUCUAAUGUCUGCGUGCAACAAACCAAAGUCCAAUUUAUGGGGCAUUCCCAACAGUUUCCUGCAGAAAAAGUCCCAGUUUAAGCAUGUACACAACACCAUAGUAUGGAGCAAUGUGACCUUAUAGUCCAUAAAACUAUUUUUAUUUUUAAAAAUGAGACUUCGUUGUUGGCAUGGCAACCAGAUAUCUA